AUGCGCAAUGGCACAUCGAGAAGCCGGAAGUGAAUGGCGGCGGUGUCAGAGGAAGAAACGCGAGAACAGCUGUGCUAAAAACACACACACACAGGCGCGUGCGCGCGCACAAAAUGCCGUCAUGGUCGUUGGUGUGAAAAAGCAGAGUGAGAGGUGAAUAAUAAAGAAGAGAGAGAGAAGAUUCGGAGUGAGGGAGAGACAGACAGAGGAUUAGGAUGAGGAAGGCUCAGGGCUGCGGGAUGCGCUGCUCACUGGGCUUCCUGACCCGCAGGAUGGUGACCGGCCGCGAGCUGCUGAAGGAGGACUUCCAGAGGCGCAGACUGUCCGGCUGUAACAGUCUUUACCGCAGGGAUAUGCUCGGACACUACGGCUGUGUCAACGCCAUCGAGUUCUCCAACAACGGGGGACAGUGGCUGGUGUCCGGUGGUGAUGACCGGCGUGUGCUAUUGUGGCACAUGGAGAAAGCUCUUCAGUCUCAUGCUAAACCUGUCAAACUGAAAGGGGAACACCUGUCUAACAUCUUCUGUCUCGCAUUCGACAGUACAAACACACACGUCUUCUCCGGGGGGAAUGAUGAGCAGGUGAUUCUGCAUGACGUGGAGCGAGGUGAGACGCUGAACGUGUUUCUCCAUGACGACGCUGUGUACGGUCUGUCCGUCAGCCCUGUUAAUGAUCACGUGUUCGCCAGCUCCUCAGAUGAUGGCCGUGUUCUUAUCUGGGACACAAGGGAACCCCCCCACGGAGAGCCAUUCUGCUUGGCGAAUUAUCCGUCUGCAUUCCACAGUGUGAUGUUUAACCCUGUGGAGCCACGCCUACUCGCAACGGCCAACUCUAAAGAGGGCGUCGGCCUGUGGGACAUCCGCAAACCACGCAGUUCUCUGUUGCGGUACGGGGGUUCUCUGUCUCUGCAGAGUGCGAUGAGUGUGCGCUUUAACAGUGCAGGUACUCAGCUGCUGGCUCUGCGCAGACGUCUGCCCCCUGUCCUGUAUGAGCUGCACUCCCGUCUGCCCAGCUUCCAGUUCGACAACCAGGGCUACUUCAACUCCUGCACCAUGAAGAGCUGCUGCUUCGCAGGGGACCGUGACCAGUAUAUCCUGUCUGGCUCUGAUGACUUUAAUCUCUACAUGUGGAAAAUUCCCAACGACCCAGACUCAGUGGGUCGAGUAGUUAACGGGGCGUUCAUGGUGUUGAAGGGCCAUCGCUCAAUUGUGAAUCAGGUCCGCUUUAAUCCACAUACCUACAUGAUCUGUUCCUCUGGGGUGGAGAAGGUUAUCAAGGUAUGGAGUCCGUACCAGCAGCCGGAGUGUGUGGGUGAUCUGGAGGGUCGGGUGGAGGAUAAGUCUCGCUCUCUCUACACACACGAGGAGUACAUCAGCCUGGUGCUGAACAGUGGCAGCGGCCUGUCACAUGACUACGUCAGCCAAUCAGAGCAGGAGGAUCCACGCAUGAUGGCCUUUUUUGAUUCGCUGGUGCGGCGGGAGAUCGAAGGCUGGAGCUCCGAUUCGGAUUCCGAUCUGAGCGAAGGAGCCAUUCUGCAGCUGCAUGCCAGGGGGCGUAGCCACACACGCUCCACCAACCACGGAGAUUUGACAAAUCAAACUCUGCCCACCGAAGCAAUCGGCAAUCGGCAAAGCGACUCAGAUCACUCCUCUUCCACGUCAUCCUCCUCGUCCUUAUUGUCUGGUCCCGCUUCCGGGAGUGAGAGGGUAGAUGCUGAUGCAAUAGGUUCACGCAGACGGAGAAGGGCGGGGUCACGACGAGCAUCCGCGUUCCUUUUAGAUGUGGGAAACGAGGAUUCGGAUUCCAGUAGUUUCUGGCUGGACCCGUUGCCGCGCCCACGUUCUCCGAGCCCACGUGAGAACUCCAGUCUGUCUAGGACCUCCAGUCCAAGCUCCUCCCCCAGCUCCUCCUCUACCUCCUCGUCCAAUAGUGAUGGAGAAGAGGCGGAGCUUCAGAGGAGCAGAGUGCGACAACGUAACGCAGCUAGGAAGCAGGGCCGUAUGUGUUGGUCACGUUUAGACUCCGCCCACUCUCUUCAGAGCGCCACAGAUUACAGCAGCUACCCAAAAAUAUCUCUUCACGAUUCAACAUCUCCUUCUUCCUCUGGUGAAGAGAGCCGGCCAAUCAGAGGUGGGGGUAAAAAUAAGGGGCAUUGUGUUGCGUCUAGCCCUGGCCCUUCCUCAGAGAGCCAUACAGAGACACACCUAGGGGUCAGAAGUCACCUCACUGAUGUCAUGGAGAGGGCGGAGUCAAGAAUCGGUGAGAGGGAAGAUCUGGGGGCGGGUAAAAGCAGCGAGGACGAAUUGAACAGCUUGGAGCUGUAUGGAAACUCCAGCGCUCACGAUGAGAGCUGUAUAGACUCAACUCUUCCGGAAUCCUCCGAAGAGGCAGAGCCUGACUCUAAGCCAACAGGCUCUAGGACCGGAAAACGGACACGUUUCGGAUCCGAGCCGGAGGAGGAGGAGCCUCAAUCAGAAAAAAAGUUAAAGACAUAAUGUGAUGAGAGAAACUGGCCUCCUGAUUGGCCAGUUGAUUUUGUGUGUUUUAUUUACAGCGUGCCGUGUGUUUAGUGUUGAAGGCAGAGCAGCAUUAAAAAAAACUUUAUUUCUUUUAGAUGAAUGAUCACCUCCAUUUCAUUUUAUCCUUUAUUUCAGCUGUUUUUUGGCUCACUUUGUAGGUGAAGGCUAACACUCGACAGGUCUCAAACUCAUCCACUCAUUUUAAUGGGGUUUUUAUUUUAUUUUCUGUUUUUUUUUAAACUGCGUAACCUGCUCCAAAUUCUAACGUUAUUGGUCUUCGACAUCAACAAGGGGUGGGGCUUAGCUUGCAUUUAAUUAACAUAAAAUACUGGUUAAUUAUAUAUUUCACCACACAGUAUGUUGUUUAAAGCAUGAGGCCAUGUCCACCAUGUAGCUAGCUAGCAUUAGCUAACAAUUAUUGACUGAUUAGAUGUGAUUUAAGCUCCGCCCGUGACCCCGAGACAACACUGACGUUCUGUACUGCAGACUGUAACGGCACACCUGAAAACUCACCUGUAUCAGAGGGAGUGGGCAUGGCUUUGAGUUUGCUCAUAGACACAACCACUAGUCUGUGACACUGUGUGGGUGUGGCCUUGGAACAAUAACUAUGCUAAGCUGUCGGGGGAGAUGCUCCGAUUCCGUAUUCAGCUGUGACAUUUCCUUAUUGUUCACAUCGAGAGACGUUUAUUCAGUUUCAGUAUAAAUGUAAAGUUUUAAUGUAAAUAUAAAGGUAAAUGCUCACCUAUGGGGUAAAUACAUACAAAACUUUAAUAUUGUAAUCAUUUCUUUUCACAGUUUGCAAUAUAAUCAUAAUGUUUAUAAAGGAGGCUGGGGAGGGGGGAGGCGGGGCUUCAAAGCAGCAUAUGAUGAUGUCCUGAAACACAAAGCAGAACCAUAUAUUCAUGUAUAGGCUCCACCCACUGUGUUACAGUUCUACCUAGACAGCCUUCAUCCCAAUGGAACAUGACAGUAUGUAACCAGCAUACAAGUAUUGUGUGUGGGUGGGGGGUGGGGGGGUAUAUAUAUUGUAUAUCUGAGAUUUUUUCCAGAUAUGGUACUGAUGUUCACCCCUCCCCCCACUCUCACACUGAUGAUGUCAUCACUUAUGGAGUGACAAGACACUAAAGAGUUUAAACGUUAAUAAUGUUAUGAUUGUUAAUAUUGUUAAUGACAUUAAGAUUUCUGUUCAGGUUGAUGAUGUUAUGUUUCUGAGGAGGAGGAGCUAGCUGUUAUCAUAACACCCUUUACGUUCUGCUCUGUUUAAAGAUGAUGCUCUGUGGACGCUGUUUCUAUGGUAACCCUGCCACUAUGCUAUGCAGUGACAUCAUUAAAAUUUGAUUUGUGACUGUUCAUAAGCCCGAUUGUUCUGUGUGUGUGUGUGUGUGUGUGUGUGUGUGUGGAAGAAUCGAAGCAUGGUCUCCAUGGUGAUAUUUAGAGACAAGACAGAAUGCUUAGAUCUGUCGUCAUGGCAACACCGUGCAGGCUGAGUCCAGGCCAUGUGUCUGGGGAUUGUGUGUCCAGUGAGUGAUGUGGUUUUUUUCUGCGGUUCCUUGUUCUGCCGUGAUCCUGGAACAGCUUCCACGUGUUUCCUGUGUGUUUUUGUCCAACAUCAUAACAGAUAUGUACACAAUUUCUCCAGAUAUUUAGUCACUGCAUGUACAGGAGUAUAAACAUGUGUGUAAAUGAUGGUAAAUCAGUGUGUUAUGAAUAUUAAUAAGUGAAUAUUAGUGAAAGUUGAGGAGUGUGCAGGGUGAGCAGGGCUGUGGACCAGAGACCACCGAGUGUAGAGAAUACUGUAGGAUUAGUGCAUGAUGAUCGUCUCAAUUUUAUUAACUCCUCGUUAUAGCUAGGUCAUGUCCCAAAAUCUCUUAAGUUAGCAGUUAUUAAGCCUCUUCUUAAGAAACCAAAACUAGACCCUGAUGAAAUAUCAAAUUACAGACAGAUUUCAAACCUUCCGUUUAUAUAAAAAAUAUUAGAAAAGGUGUCAGCCCAAUUAUGCUCCUUCCUACAGGAAAACAAUAUCCUUGAAGAAUUUCAGUCAGGUUUCAGGCCUCAUCAUAGUACAGAAACUGCACUAGUUAAAAUCACUAAUGACUUGUUUUUAGCUUCGGACCAAGGCUGCAUCUCCAUUUUAGUCCUGCUUGAUCUUAGUGCUGCAUUCCACACUAUAGAUCAUAACAUUCUCAUAGAUCGCUUACAAAAUCACACAGGUAUGCAGGGACAGGCAUUAAAAUGGUUUAGAUCCUACCGGUCUGAUCCAUACCACUUUGUAGAUUUAAAUGGAGAACUGUUCAGUGUAGUGCCAGUGAAAUACGGGGUCCCACAAGGGUCAGUAUUAGGACCUCUGCUUUUCCCAGUAUACAUGCUUCCAUUGGGUAACAUCAUUAGAAGGCAUGGGAUUAGUUUCCAUUGUUAUGCCGAUGAUACCCAGUUAUAUAUUUCAUCAAAACCAGAUGAAAUAUCUAGUUUGUCUAGACUAACUGAAUGUGUUAUCACUCAGUGUUAACUGAGUGAUCGAUAAUUUUCUAUUACUAAAUCCUGAUAAGACAGAGAUAUUACUUAUUGGCCCAGAAACUAGUACACAGAAGCUCUCGCAAUUCAGCUUGCAUCUAGAAGGAUGCACUGUUACCACUAGCUCAACAGUGAAAGACCUGGGUGUAAUAUUAGACAGCAACUUAUCCUUUGACAAUCAUAUUUCCAAUAUCACAAAAACAGCCUUCUUCCAUUUUAGAAAUAUCGCCAAGCUUAGGAACAUUUUAUCUGUAUCUGAUGCAGAAAAACUAGUUCAAGCAUUCCUGACCUCCAGACUGGACUACUGUAAUGCAUUACUAGGUGUUUGUCCUGCAUCUUCAAUAAACAAGCUACAGUUAGUCCAGAAUGCAGCUGCCAGAGUUCUUACCAGAUCAAGAAAAUAUGAUCAUAUAACCCCAAUAUUAUCAUCCCUGCACUGGCUUCCUGUGAAGUUUAGAAUUGACUAUAAAUUAGCUCUACUUACGUACAAGGCUCUAAUUGGUUUAGCUCCCGCGUAUCUCUCCAGUCUCCUAACACGUUACAAUCCACCACGCUCUUUAAGAUCACAAAAUUCCGGACUUCUGGUAGUUCCCAGAAUAUUAAAGUCCACAAAAGGGGGUAUAGUGUUUUCGAAUUUAGCUCCUAAACUUUGGAAUAGUCUUCCUGACAGUGUUCGGGGCUCAGACACAGUCUCCCAGUUUAAAUGUAGACUAAAGACUUCAGCCUGGCAUUCAUCUAACACAUCCCAUAACCUUGUGCUCCAGUACAUCUGAUUAAAUACACAUUAUCAUCUAGUACUGCUAAUAUUAUGAACAGCAGCUACGCUAAUGCUGUUCCAUUGUUUCCCUUCUUCUACCCAUCCCGAGGCAUACAGAGACUGUGCCGGCUCCAGUGGCAUCCGGAGAUGGACCAGCUCCAGCCGGGUUCUGCUUGUGAGGAUUGGGAUAUUCAAAGCAGCGCUGUGAACAACAGCCUCCUUAUUGAUUUACAUAACACUAUACACAUGCUGUAUCUGCAUCACACAAUUGUCACCCAAAUGAGGAUGGGUUCCCUUUUGAGUCCGGUUCCUCACAAGGUUUCUUCCUCUUACCAUCUAAGGGAGUUUUUCCUUGCCACAGUCGCCUCAGUCACCUCAGGCUUGCUCACUUGGGAUAACAUCUAGGACUGUCUGUCUGUUUGUCUGUUUAUAUGUUUGUUGUUUUCUUAUGUCGUUUCUCAUGUAAAGCUGCUUUGAGACAAUGCUCUUUGUUAAAAACGCUAUACAAAAAAUAAAUUAAAUUGAAUUGAAUGAUGGACA